GCCAUCGAGCACCUGGCGGUCGCCCUGGCGGGGGAGGAGGAGCAACUUCUCUCGAGGGUGCACGUUUGGCUGCGACCUCUAGUCGGCGCCCGCCGCAUCUGCCUCGUGAGGGAAUUGUCAUUCUUGGCGCAGCCUCCAGACUUCGCCUUCCUUGCCGACUACAUGCUGGGCAUGCCCAAAUUCGGCUGGGCCUGCCAUGCCCCUGGCAUGGAACCGCGUCUGAACCCGCCGGAGUACGAAGUCGAUCACCUACUGCAGGGCCGCAGCGAGCACAAUGGCCUCAUCGUCGCCGCGCUCGGCCCCGCUGGCGACGACGACCUCGACGAGCGCUCGUGGCAGAAGUCCAAGGAAGAGUUCGUGGGAGGCGCUCUCAUAGGCCCAUUUGUGGACACUGCCCAGGUGGACCUACCCGUCCGGUUGGCGCAGCGUUUCCCUACUUGGGAGCUGCGAUCUGCGUCUGCGGAGUGGAAGGUGCGCAGCGUCGACAACUUUUUCACUGGCGGGCAGAAUGGGCGCGCCGGGGCGCAGUGCACUCACGUCCCAGCCACCAUCGACACGUUUGCCUCAGUCGCCCGCGCCACAGCGGAGGCCUUCCUGGAGCGUUCCCUGGUGGGCUUCCCCAGCGACUUCACAGCAGCAUUUCGGCAGUGCACGGCCGACCCUGCCCAGGCCCACUUGUGCGCGGUGGCUUGCUGGGACACCGAUUUGCAGCGGGCCGUCUUCGGCCUGGCCGUGGCGCAGCUUUUCGGGGGCAAGAGCGCCGGUUUGAAUUUCUGCAGGAUUCCGGCGUGGUGCGCACGCGUCACAGCAUACCUCUACGCCAUCUAUUUCGUGCACUGCGUCGACGACGUGCUCGCUGCGGAGGCCGCAGACACGACGCAUUCUGCGCGCGCCUCGUGGCGCAAGUUCGCCGACGUGUGCGGGUGGCUGGUCGAGAACGCAAAGAGCCCGCCGCCGGCGCCGGCUUUCGCUGCUAUUGGCGCCUACUUUGACCUCGCCCCGCUGCCGCGGCACCCCGCAAUGAUUCGCAUCGCGCAGGAGCGCUGUGAACGCCUACGUGACGAACAUCAGGGUAUUUUGGGCGCCAGAGGCCUUCACCCCGGUCACGCCGCGCGCUUGGUCGGCCGUUUGGGCUUCGCCUCCAUUCAGCUGUAUGGCCGCGUUGGGCGUGCUAUGGUGCGGGCGCUCCGGCGACGGCAGUACGAGUGCCGUCGAUUCGGUUUCAAUCCACAUAUGCGAGCUGCCAUUCUUUGGUGGCUGGAUCUCCUGGAGCACGUUUCGCCAAAGGACAUUCCGCACUGUUUGCAGGCCCGCCACACCAUCGUUUCUUUCUCGGACGGUGAGGGUGCAGGCGCGGGAAUUGGCAUUGCUGUCUGGGACAGUCGGGGCGGCGCCCCUAUUGCUGGCUACACCCAUUUCCCGCGGGAUGUCCGGCGGCGUUGGCAGCAGGCGCGCCAACAGGAGGAACGCGACGGUGUCUUCAGCAUCGUGAGCCAGCACUCCAGGUCGGAGCACCAGGUCGAGAAUAUCAUCUUCAACGACAUCUACGAGAUCGAGAUCGCGGGAUGGACGUGGAACCGCAUCUGGGACUUGGAGGUAUUGCCACGGUUCGACCGGGUCGAAUCGGCCAGUAAUCCGGUGGACGGCAUGUCUCGUAGGGACAUGGCCGGCCCCUGGGUCUGGGUUCUGGUGUCGUACUCUGGUCAGGUCCUCAGAGGAACGGCUGACACCAGCGCGCUGUCGGACACUCACGAGUUCUGGGCCGUCUUCCUGCUCGUGAGCUUCUACUUCGUUUUCAACUUCGGGCUGCUGAACAUGUUCGUGAUGGCCGUGGUGGAGGCCUACUACGUCGUUCAUCUGACGCAGGGCGGCCCUGGGGAGAAGUGGUCCACGAAGAGGUGGAAGCAGUGG